AUGCCGAUCCACAACUACGGUGUCUGGGUUGCACACCCCGUCUCUUUCACUGCGCAACGAUAUCAUCAAGAUCCGGUGUCGCCUCAUCUGACGCUCAAGUUCGACGAAGAUCCAAACGCCAGUCAAGGAAGACUUACCGCUGCGAUCAAUGUCAAGUCUUUUGGCAGAGAGAAUCGAUUAGUCUACUGGCUCUACCCCAAUUUUAGACAUCCCAUCCUCUCUAACCUUAAUAGUAAGGAGCCACAGUUUUAUCCUCUGCCCUCGUCGGACAAACAAGGUUUGGAUUACAUUCGCGGCAAUGUACUGGAAACAGGACGCGGAACAAUUCUACAACAUGACUUGCCUGGAGUCGAGAACGGCAUUAUCGAUUACCUCUCAAAUAUCUUCAGGCAGGCUAUUGCCUCAAAAGCCAAGAUAUUUUUAUUCGGAGAGCGUUUUGAGAGUGAUGACGGAAUCCAUAAUGUCCACAUGAACCAGGGAAGCAAGGGAGACUUUAAGGGGUCCAAUGGAGUAUUUCAAGAUGGAGGCAUAAUCUUGGGGUUUCCGGAUGGCCAUUUUGAAGCAGUGUUCCUAGCUUUUGCUAACCAGUCAAUCCACACCGAUGACCAGACUGGACAUUCAAUUGGCACAGUUGACUUUCGGGAGCAUCUAGGUGUACCACCUAUCUUCGUGGAGACGGUGGUCAUCAGGGCUGCGCUCAUUAACCCUUUGGGGCCGGAUACCAACUCUCGAGGCGAGCCAGAAACCGUCUUCUCGGAAAAUCGCACAUCGAAUUUGAUUAACCUCGAUGGAUGGUCUAUUGGGAACCAUCGUGGCGACAGGCAAAGACUAGACGGCACCAUAGUGGCGCAGGGCAAAAAGUUGUUUCUUGUGCCGGACUGUCCUCUUUACAACAACGAGGGUCUGAUAACCCUGCUCGAUAGCUCUGGCCUCAAAGUGGACGGUGUCUCUUACGGUGGUGGGCAGGGGCGAAAACAGGGGGACUUUGUCUACUUUGACAUCUAA